CUGUAGCCUGGUUAUUCAUCGACACUGUCUGCAGCGCUAUUAUUUUUAAAUAAAGAUAAAGCAUCGUCGAAACUCAGUGGAGACGUUCAUAUUCUCGUUAGUGGCAGUUCUGGUCGUUGAACGCGUCCAACAGCUGAGACCCCGCCGCGCACUGCCGUGUUCCAAAUCGAGCGCGCACACAGGAAGUCAGCAGCGGGGUUUUGUUGUAGUGUUGCUACGGAAUUCGUGCGGGGGGCUUUAAACUCAGUAAACAUCCUCUCCGCUCUUCCAUAGACACGGCUCUACUUUUAAAACGUCCACAUUUAGCUCGUUGCUGAGCGAACACCGAGAUGCCACCCAAGAAGCGCGGCUCCGGGACACCGCAGAGCAAAGGGCAGAAGCCCGGGGCUGAAAGUGUCUCCCCGGACAAGAAGGAGAGUCCAGAGUUAUCUGUUAAAAAACACCGAGACAAGGAUGCAGAGUUUGUGACCCUGUGCAAGAGCCUGCACGUCACAGACCUGGUGUGUGAUGGAGCCUGGACCCUGUGGAAAACUGUGCAAGAGUCCAUGGAGGAAGUCACUGACAGUCAGAAAAGGCUGUGGGGUGCUUGUCUGUUUGUGACUGUGACAGACAUGGAUGCCUCCUGUUUCACCCUAACUCAGGUUCUCAAAGCAGUUUGUCUGAAUGUGAAACAGUUCAUGGAUCUGGUAAGGAAGUUGGAUGUGAACUUGGAUACCAUUACCACCAAGGUGAAUUCAGCAAUGACGCGACUGGAGAAGAAGUAUGACAUGACUCUGGCUCUUUACCAGAGGUUUGAGAAGACUUGCAAGAAGAUCUUUGCUUUGGUUUCUGAUGGAACGGAGAGGGAGACCAUGCGGAGCUGCUGGACAAUGUUUCUCUUGGCCAAAGGAAGGGUCCUACAGAUGGAGGAUGACCUGGUCAUAUCAUUCCAGCUGCUGCUCUGUAUGCUGGAGUUAUUCAUCAAGCGCUGCCCUUCAGACCUUCUGCAGCCUCUUUACAAAUCAGCCAUCAGUAAAGUCCAGAGCCCCCCAACACGAACAUCUCGUCGUAACCAGAGCAAGGUCAAAUCCCGACCUCCUGAGCCAGAGAUGGAUGUGCAGCUUCUUGAAACCUUGUGCAAUGAGAAUGAAUGCAAUGCAGAGGAGGUGAAGAAUGUUUACCAGACCAGUUUCGCCGCUUUCUUGGACUCACUAGUUUCAAGAUCUCCAGAUUUUCCUCAGGUGAAUGACCUCGAUCAACAAUAUGAAGAACACUACCUCAAGACUAGAGACAUCGAUGGACGGCUGUUUUUUGACAGAGACGAGACUGUUCUUGUGCCUAAAGUUGAAGUAUCAGAGGUGGAGAUGACGCCAAAGAAGAACCUGGCAGAUGAAGAUGCUGUACUCAUCCCUCCACAGACGCCAAUCAGAGCUGCCAUGACCUCCAUUCAACAGUUGAGGAGUGAUCUCCUCUCUACUGGGGACCAGCCAUCUACUAACCUGUAUUCAUAUUUCGAAAAUUGCACUGUGGACCCGACACAAGACGUGCUGAAGCGUUUGGAGACCUUCGAUCAGGAGUUUAGCCAAAGUUUUGGUCAGGCAGUCGGCCCGCGCUGUAUCGUACUUGGAAAGCAGCGAUUUACCCUCGGAGUACGACUGUAUUAUAUAGUCAUGGAGGCAAUGUUGAAAUCGGAAGAGAAGCGACUGUCUGUGCAAAAUUUCAGUAAACUCCUCAAUGACUCCACAUUCCACACAUCACUUUUGGCCUGUGCUCUGGAGGUGGUCAUGGCAGCAUAUGGAGAGAGCUGUUUUAAGGCUGGAGGAUACAACCAUGGCGGUGGUGACUCAGCUGCGACAGACGUUUGUUUCCCCUGGAUACUGGACGUGUUCAACCUCGCCGCCUUUGACUUCUACAAAGUCAUCGAGAGUUUCAUCAAGGCCUACCCCACACUGAGCAAAGAUAUUGUCAAACAUCUGGAGACUUGCGAGAACCUCAUCAUGGAGAGGAUCGCAUGGAGGACGGGCUCCCCGCUAUUUGAGCUGCUGAAGCAGGAGCAUGACAGCGGAGCAGCAGAGCAGGUGGAGACCCCAGCCAGUUUCAACCAACCACUGCAGCACAAUCACACCGCGGCUGACCUAUAUCUGUCCCCUGUGCGUCCGGGCCAUCGUGUCUUGCCUCCUGAGUCUCCAGGCACCGUCAACUCUCAGGCUUCCUCUCACGCUCCAAACCAGCUGCAUACUCAGAUUCCACGACAGCCCAAGUCCAACUCUCUCAGCCUCUUCUAUAAAAAAUUGUACCGUCUUGCCUACACGAGGCUGAAGAUACUCUGCUCCUACCUGCUCUCCUCCCACCCUGAACUGGAGCCCAUCAUGUGGACACUUUUCCAGCACACACUGCAGCAUGAGUACGAGCUGAUGAAAGACCGUCACCUCGACCAGUUGAUGAUGUCAGCCAUGUAUGCCAUAUGUAAAGUGAAGAGUGUUGAUCUGCGCUUCAAGACCAUUGUCACGGCUUACAAGAACCUGCCCAACACCAACCAGGAGACCUUUAAGCACGUGUUGAUCACUGAGGGCCACUACGACUCCAUCAUAAUCUUCUACAAUCAAGUGUUCAUGCAGAGGUUGAAAACCAACAUCCUGCAGUAUGCGUCCACCAGGCCGCCUACCCUCUCUCCAAUCCCACAAAUACCACGCAGUCCCUACAAAAUCCUGAAUUCCCCUCUGCGUGUGCCUGGCAGCAACAACGUGUACAUCUCCCCUCUGAAAAGCCCACGCAUGUCCCCGGGUAUGAUGACGCCUCGCUCCAGAAUGCUGGUAUCAAUCGGCGAAUCUUUUGGGCUGUCCAGUCGGUUCCAGAAGAUCAACCAGAUGGUCAACAGCAGUGAUCGCUCCUUUAAGAGGACUCUGGAUCUCGGCUCGGCUCCAAAGCCUCUGAAGCGGCUACGGUUCGAUGUCGACGGACAAGAUGAAGCUGACGGCAGCAAAUCUGGUGGAGAUUCUACACUGAUACAGAAGCUUGCAGAGAUGAGGGAUUUUAUUUAUUUAGGCUCCGCCCGAAGUCGUAUGCAGGAGCAGAAGCUGAAGGAGGACGCAGAAGCAAGGAAGGAGUAACUCUACAACCUACUGAACUGACCUGCUGUUUGUCACAGCGUGAAGACGACACUUUGUUCACACACAAAGUGAAACAUUCGUUUCUCUGUACAUUUAGCAAUGUAUUUUAGUUUUAGUAUUUAACUUUGUGUUUGAGGAGUAACAUGUGAAUAUAGAGUCGUUCUCCUCUCGCUCGCUUGUUGAAGCUUCCACUGAGUGUUUUUACUAAAUAAUGAUCGACGUCAAUGAAUUUCAGAUGAAUUGGACUUGUUCGAGAUUAAGUGUGUUUGGUUUUAAAAUUGAUAUACAUUUUUAGAUGUUAUAAGAAAUCACUGUUUUCACAGUGACAUGCUCUAACUCAUUGUUGGCUUUUUCCUACCACCAAUUAGACUUUUGAGAUUCAUUUAAAAUGUUAGUAUUUCGAUAGUUUUAUUCACGAUGCAACAUUUCAGGUGUUUGAACGAUCAUGAUUACUCUCCUCAAAAAGGAGUAAUCUUCCGCCCCACAGGAAAAUCACUACGUCUUUAAAUGCAGAAGUUAUAAUUUUUAAGUGAUUUUUUUUUUUUUAUUCAAAAUCUGGAAAUUUUAAAUUGUAAUAUAAAGUGAUCUUAUCAAAUAUCACUUUGAAUAUCAUACAUUGUUUGCACUCAACCAAAAUUCAUUAUUAUGCUGUAUAUUAGUUUCAAAGGUUGCAUGUCAGGUUUCUCUUUUGUGUUGCAUAUAGUUUAAUAGAUUAUACUUUAAUUAUUGGUAGUAAAAUUACACAAUACAUCAAAUGAAAACAACUGCUAUUUAGGUCCAGCUAAAGGAUUUUUUAAAUGUUUGAAAUCACAUAUGUUGGUUCAUUUAAAUGUUUGGAAAUGAAUUGAAGGGUUCUGGAAAAGAGGGAAAAAAGUACACUGAUCAAUUCAGACCACAUAUUUCAUAUAAAUGCGGACUCUGUAAUUAAAUAGGACUAAACUACCAGAGAUUUUGUAAAGUAAAUGUGUUUAUAUUGUACUUUAUUGAAGUAGUACUUUUACAUAAAUAUUUGCAUAAAAAAAUAUUUUUGUUUUUCUUC